AUGGCCAAAAUCAACACUCAGCACUCCUACCCUACCACACACAGACUCUCAAUCAGGAACACUGACGAAGACCUAGAAAGAGCUGAAAAUGGCACCAACAGGGCUCAUUCCCCAUGUGAGGACUCAUCAUCAGAACUUCAGCAAGUGAUUACCAUGGAGACCAGAGCUCCGUCUGAAUCCCAGCAAAGUUCUUUCACAAGCCAAAGGCCAGCCAGGUUGUCAAGACUCAUUCUUUCCCUUAGAGCAUGGGCUUCAAGACAUAUACAUCAUGAAGAACAAAGACCAGAUUCUUUCCUGGAGCGUUUCCGAGGGGGAGAACUCAAAGAGCUGUCUAGCCAAGAAAACUACAUCCAGCCCAACUUAGGCAUCCAAGAGGUGUCAGACACAGAGAGAAGCAAAAAGGAGGAAAAGGAGGAGAAAAAGAAGGAAAAGGAAGAAGAGAAAAAGGAUAAACCUUCAAAGGAAGUAGAAAAGAAGAAAGAAAUCUUUAUGGUAGAUCCUUCAAGCAACCUGUACUAUAGGUGGCUGACCAUUAUCGCCAUUCCUGUCUUCUAUAACUGGUGCAUGCUUGUGUGCAGAGCCUGUUUUGAUGAACUCCAAAGUGAUUACUUGAAGAUGUGGCUGAUUUUGGAUUAUACUUCUGAUGUCAUCUAUAUUUUGGACUUGCUAGUUCGAAUGAGGACAGGCUUUCUUGAACAAGGUUUAAUGGUCAAAGAUGCAGAGAAACUCAGAAAGCACUAUAUGAGCACCUUUCAGUUCAAGCUGGAUGUACUAUCUCUGGUCCCCACUGACCUGGCUUUUUUAAAAGUGGGACUGAACUAUCCUGAGUUGAGGUUCAAUCGUCUGCUGAAAUUUGCCAGGCUAUUUGAAUUCUUUGACCGCACAGAGACCAGGACCAACUAUCCUAAUAUAUUCAGGAUUGGAAAUCUUGUCUUGUACAUUCUGAUUAUCAUCCAUUGGAAUGCAUGUGUCUACUUUGCCAUUUCUAAGCUCAUUGGAUUUGGGACUGAUUCCUGGGUUUACCCCAACAUCUCUAUCCCAGAAUAUGGGCGCCUGUCCAGGAAAUACAUUUAUUGUCUCUACUGGUCCACCCUGACUCUGACUACCAUUGGGGAGACUCCCCCCCCUGUCAAAGAUGAGGAGUACCUUUUUGUAGUGAUUGAUUUCCUGGUAGGAGUGCUGAUAUUUGCCACCAUUGUGGGUAAUGUUGGCUCUAUGAUCUCCAACAUGAAUGCCUCCAGGACUGAAUUCCAGGCUAAAAUCGACUCUAUAAAACAGUACCUGCAAUUCCGAAAAGUAACCAAGGACUUGGAGACCCGGAUCAUCAGGUGGUUUGACUACCUAUGGACCAACAAGAAGACAGUUGACGAAAAGGAAGUUCUCAAAAGCCUCCCAGAUAAGCUGAAGGCUGAGAUCGCCAUCAAUGUGCACCUGGAUACCCUGAAAAAGGUACGUAUUUUCCAGGACUGUGAGGCAGGCCUCCUAGUGGAGCUGGUCCUAAAGCUUAGGCCUGCAGUGUUCAGCCCUGGUGAUUAUAUUUGCAAGAAGGGGGAUAUCGGGAGAGAAAUGUACAUCAUCAAAGAAGGCAAGUUGGCAGUAGUGGCGGACGAUGGCGUCACUCAAUUUGUGGUCCUUGGUGAUGGAAGCUACUUUGGGGAAAUCAGCAUCUUAAACAUCAAAGGGAGCAAAACUGGGAACAGAAGAACAGCCAACAUUAGGAGCAUCGGUUACUCGGAUCUAUUCUGCUUGUCCAAAGAUGACUUAAUGGAGUCUCUCAUUGAAUAUCCAGAAGCCAAAAAGGCUCUGGAAGAGAAAGGACGGCAGAUUCUAAUGAAAGACAACUUGAUAGAUGAAGACGUGGCUGGGAGUGGAGGAGAUCCAAAGGACAUGGAAGAAAAGGUGGAGAGACUUGAAUCUUCUCUGGAUAAUUUACAAACUAGGUUUGCUAGACUCCUGGCAGAAUAUAAUAGCACCCAAAUGAAAGUCAAGCAGAGACUGAGCAAACUUGAGAGCAAAAUGUGUGGAAGUGACUUAUUGGAUGGAGAGAACAUUAUUAGUGGAGAUGCCGAGAAAGAUAAAGACAAAAAGUAAUAAGGAAAUAAAGCCAUUUUGCUUAGUUGGUUACAGUAAGGA